AUGAAUCCAAUCAGGAUCCGCUUCAUCAAGGAGAAGCUGGCAGAGGUGCGCGCCUGGGAUGACAGCGUGCGGGGAGCAGCUAGCAAGCAAGAUCACGACGCUCCUCUGCGCGACGGCGAGUGGGACUGGCUGCAAGGUUUGGAAUGCUUGGACGUCGGUUGCGGUGCAGGUUUGCUCACAGAGGUGAGCAUAGCAUUCGCGCAACGCAGCACCGCUUGUAUGCGCCUGCCCUGUCCUGCCCUGCCCUGCCUUGCCCACACCCAUAGCCAUCUCACACACGAGCCCCUUCUCUCUGCUUUCCCCAGUCUCUGGCUCGCGCUUCGGGUCGUGUUCACGGUAUAGACGCUUCCUCAAGCAACAUCCACAUGGCCAUCUCUCACGCCUCUCAAGAUCCCGCCCUCCAUCUUCAUCCCUCCAACGGCGCAUCCAAGCCCUGGGCGGAUGGCCACCAAGCAAGUUUGAGCUAUCAGCACAUCACCGCCGAAGACUUGCUGGCUGAGCGAAGCGCUGCAUUGAGCCAAGACGAGGCUCAGUACGAUGUCGUCACGGCAAUGGAGGUCAUCGAGCAUGUCAAUCAGCCUGCUCAAUUCUUGCAGACGCUCACCCAGCUCGUCAAAGUGAGUGUGCCUGCCCGCAAGGCCCCCCUUUUCAGCAAUCCUUGACGCCGAUCCUUCUUCUUCCCCGACCUCCGCUCCUGCUUCCCCACCAGCCUGGCGGACACCUGUUCCUGUCCACGAUAGCUCGCACUCCUUUGUCGUACCUUUUGACUAUCCUUGUUGCCGAGCGCGCCCUCGAUCUCGUCUCUCGUGGUACGCACAAUCACUCUCAGUACAUCGAUCCCUCGGAGCUGGUCGGCUUUUUCAGCGACACAAAGGUCGGCUGGAUACGGCCGAAGGAGGAGCAACGUGGCAACAUCGUACCCACGCAGAAGCUUCUGUACGAGUCUCGAGGCGUCGCAUACCUCCCUUGGAAGGGCAUCUGGCAGUUGGCGCCCAGGUGGACCAAGGGCUUGCCCCUCAAUCCUUCAGAACAGGCCAACUAUUUCUUCUGGAUUAGAAGACCGGUGUAA